CUCCACCUUUAAUUUCAGUCACCUUCUUUCCUUCCUUUCUGUGGAAGAGCUUCUUAUAAUUUCCAAUCACUAAAAACCUUCUCUAAUCUUUCUACACUGAGAGAUGAAGAUAAGCUUGCUGCCAUUUCUCUUUCUCAUCUCAUGCUUUCUGGCCCACCUGAUUUUCGCCCACAAAUAUGUCGGUCCACCGAAGGACGAUGGACGUCACCUUCAACAAGGUUUAAAUGCAACUGUUGGAUUGAAUGGCGGAGGGCUAGGUGAAGAGUUACCCAUCAGAAGAUCGCAGAAGCGCGAAGCAGGAGGAGUUAGGGGAGGUGGUGGUGGAGGAGCUCUUAAACACCCACAAGAUCACAAGAGGCACAGUGGUGCAUUUACCGUACUAAAAUUACAAGCAUUUGAUAGCUCUGAUGCCAUGUUAACUACUAUUGUCAUGAUAUUGAUGUAUGGUCUUCUUCCCUUCUUCUGACCACUUGUUAUGAUAAUAGUUUAAAAACAUGGGAAUUUCUCAAUUUGUAAGCUGAUUAAUUAGUCUAGAUUCAAGAACUUGGAUAAGCUUCUCAAAAACUAGUAUGAGCUUUUCAGAGAUUUUCUUAAUAAUAUUUAAUAUUUAAAAGGUGCAUAUAUUAUAAAAUGA